GUAGCCUUGGAGACAACAGUUUGGUAAAACCUAGAGGCACAGCACCAAUAAAUAAAACCAACACUUCAACAUGCAUCUUCACACCAGAAGAUCUUCACCAGAUCACCUGGUAGCAAGACGCACAGAGUAAGCACUACGAGGCAUGGCAGACGAGUCCCUGUGGAUAACAUACGACAUGCUAAAUUUUACCGAUGAUCUGCUUCUGCAGCUUCAGAUGUCACAACAGAAUGAGACCGGACAAAUUGAGCAGGACCUUCUGCUCACAAGUGAACCUUUACGUAUUUUCAUUAUCACCAUCUAUUCAAUCGUCAUCAUUCUCGGGUUCAUAGAGAAUCUUCUGGUUGUUAUAGUGAUAGUGAGACACCCUCAUCUUCACAAAGUCACCAACAUUUUCAUCGCCUCACUCGCUGUGUCCGACAUCGUUUUGUGUGUGUUUAAUCUACCAUUCCAGCUCCACUACCAGCUUACAGACUUCUGGGCAUUCGGUGAGGUUUUGUGCCGAAUCAUCAUGCCUACUUUCGGAGUUCCUAUAUUUUAUUCUGCAACCUGUAUGAUGAUGAUCGCAGUUGAUCGGUACAUUUUGAUUGUGUUUCCCUUCAGGAAGCGAAUCACCAAGGAGAUGGCCAUCCUAAUUAUAGCUGUGAUAGUGUUCAUCACUUUUGGACUUGCCACCCCCGUCAUGAUCCACACACAGUAUGACGUUAUAAAUGUACCGUUAUUCAAUCUACACAAGGUCUUCUGCUAUGAGAAGUGGCCACGGUAUGGUGCUCUGACGUACACUUUUUCUAUAUUUAUUUUCCAAGUUUUGUUACCAUUUGGAUUGACAGCUGUUUUGUACUUUAAAAUUCAUCUUGUGUUACGACAACGUCCACUCAAAAGAUCAGAAACGAGACGGAAUAAUCGGACAAACAGAAUACUGAUCUCAAUUGUGGUUCUUUUCGCAGUUUCCUGGUUGCCCUGGAAUAUCUUUGCCUUGAUAAUCACCCUAAAUCACAAAGCUGUGUAUGGACCCUACUUCAGACUUAUUGACUUAUUACUAAAAAUCAUAGCCAUGAGCUCAGCAUGCAUCAAUCCUUUUCUGUAUGGAUGGCUCAAUGACAACUUCAGAAAAGAAUUUGGCAUCAUGCUCGGAAAGAAAAUAAAACAAGUGCGUCACAAUGGCUAUACAAAUACAUAUGCUGAGGCAUCUAAGACAUGUGUUGUUCAGGACAAGUUAACUACAGCAUUAUAAGCAUACGAUAUGUCACCAUAUUUGUUUUUGGUUUUAUUACAAUGAUAUGUAUCCUUAUUACUAAAUAAUACUCCAAUUAAUAAUUUAUAUCACUAAGAUAUCAUUACAACUACUUCCUACAAGUUUAUACUACAGUCUGUACUAAGGACUAUUCCAUCAUUUCAAAAAUUAUUCAUCUAAAAUUCUCAAGUGACAAAGGAACAUAUAACAAAUGCAUCAUGUUUUUCAAAGUUUAUAAUCACAUUGAGAAUGAUUGGUCAGUGAUUCCUAAACUCUGUUUUGUUAAAGUUACAGAAAACUACAAUUUUGUAGCAGUUUGGAAGUCUGAAAUGACAUUCUUUUAAAUCAUUCAGAACAGUUUAAUUUUCAUCUUGUGAUUGUGUACAGUUGUAUCCAUCUGUCCAAUGAGCCGCUCCAGCUAAUUCUCUUGUCAAACAUACUGAUAUUGAAUCACUUAUAAUGAUUAUCUCCAAUACUUUGUAAAUUAAAAAAACUUUUUACUCCAGAAA